AUGAGAACUACCGAAAAGUUGAUCGGAAAACAAAGUUUAUAUAAACUUUAUAUAUGGUUUAAGAUCAUGUGCGAUGUGAUCCGCAUUGAGCACCGAGUUGACUGCAAGUAUAAUUACAUAUUCAAGAAUUGGAUCAUUGUGACCGAGGCGGUUUCCGACCGAGGCGGUUUAGUCAUACUCUAUACUAACUUUGGUAUAGCACACAUGGCACCACAACAAUCGCCAACACAUAGCAACCAACCGUUACGAGUUGUGGCCGAUUUGACCAAAACCAGAGACAUCGAGCGACUGGUGGGCGAAAUUGUGGACAAAUUCGGUCAAUUAGACGCAAUGAUCACAUUUGCCAACAGUUAUCCCCUGUUGAACAUUACGGACCCAAACCUUAUGGAUGUGUGGGACCAGACAUUGCGGGCCGAUCUUAGGGCCACCGCUGAGCUCUUUCACCUGACCUACCUUUUGCUCGAGAAGGCCAGGGGUUCCGCCACUGUUGUCGCCACCAUUGCCGGCGUCGCACCGAACUUGCCUAUAGUACCGCCAAAGCUGGCGUUCAACAUAUGGUUAAAAAAUUUAGCUCUCGAGUUGGGCGCAAAGGGAGUGCGAGUGAAUACUAUCAAUGUUGGUGCGAUUACACCCGACGGUACAAAUCUCGGUAACCCAGUGUUGGCGCUGAUGGAGAAAAGGCACCGUUGGGUCAUUUGGGUGUACCCUUGGAUGUGGCCAAAGGGGCUGUGUUUUUAUCAUCAUCUGAUGCCAAGUAUAUCACCGGGGCCAAUUUGGUCAUCGAUGGCGGCUGAAGGGCAAGGGCAAGUGGGCAAGGGCAAGCGCUUGCCCUUGCCCACCAAAAAUGGGCAAGUGAUAGUGCUUGCCUACCAAAAGUGGGCAAGAGAUAGUGCUUGCCUACCAAAAAUGGGCAAGAGAUAG